AUGGACCUCGUGAACGCGGUCCUGCGGCGCCCAGGGCGCGCCGUUGCUUUUGUUUUGUGCACAUGGGCGGGCGCAUGGAGUGUGUAUUAUGUGUUUCAAGAGAGUCACAGGUGCCUCGCGCUCCAGAAGCGCCGGAAGCGCCAUCCUCUGCGCACUCGCUCUCACGAAAACGACGCGGAGUGGUUCGGUCAGGCGGAUCAACUAGAGCGCAAGCACAUCCCGAAACGGUUCGGAACGUUGACAUUCCUUGGCCGCUACCUGAAUGUCACGCCAGAAUGGCGCGAACAGGGCUUAUGGGAGUGGGUCUGGUGGAAAUUGGUCCACACCGCCCUCUAUCACGGCCGCUUUGGCUGGGACGGAGGCCUGGCGCGCGACCAGGCCACGGAAGAGGGCCGCAAACGCAUCGAGGAGCUGCUUCCUGUUGUCCCGCUGGAUUCCAACCGGCUUUGGAGUACAAAGAGCGACGACAAGGCGGGAUUGACGCACGUGUCGCACGACGGCAUCACAUAUACGUGUACCUGUAUUAUCCAGCUCCAAGGCGUGACCUUCCUGACGGACCCCGUCUUUGGCGAGCAGCCGCUGGAAAGUGUCAUGAGUCCGAAGCGCAUGCGGCCCAUGCCUUGUGCGAUUGAAGACCUAGUCCAAAGCGGCUCGAUCGAUUUUAUCCUGCUCUCCCACAACCACUUUGAUCACCUCGACUUGAGAAUCAUCCCCCAAAUUGCGCCGGAAACGCAGUGGAUUGUUCCGACCGGCGUCGCUCCUCUGCUGGUAAAGAGCGGCGUGAAUCCCAACCACAUUCAUUCGCUGGGCUGGUGGGACGAUGGCACCUACACGUGCGAAGUCGGUGUGCCCGCGUCCCACGAGCCGACGCGCGUUUCUCUAGCGGUGGAUAUCACCGCGGUGCCGGCGAGCCACUGGAGCGCACGGACCUUGCUGGAUACCAAUGCGAGUCUGUGGAACUCGUACGUGGUGCGGCUCAACGACCGCCACCACCUCCCCGGUGCAUUCUUUUUCUGUGGAGACUCCGGGUACAGUCCGACGCUGUACCAAUCCAUUGGGCGGAUGUAUGGCCCCUUUGACCUGGCUACGAUCCCGAUAGGCUCCUACGAGCCACGCUGGCACCUGAGUCUACAGCACAUGGACCCCCAUGGCUCGGUGCACGUCGCGCAAGACAUUGGCGCGCGGCACAGCUUUGGCAUGCACUGGGGCACAUGGUCGAUGAGCGAUGAGCACUGGGAUGACCCUCCCAAAGACUUGGCCAAGGCGCUCGAGGCCGAAAAGCUCCCCAGCUCGUUUCUGCGCACGGUGCCGUUUGGCGAGACGUUUCGUAUUCCUAUGUAG